CUGAAGGGAGAAAAUAAAAGAGAUCCGUGUCCAUUGUUCGUCCCAGGUGUGUUGGAACCUUUCGAAACCUCCCGCUGCCCCCCCAUCACGACCAUUAUUCAAUAUCCCUCCCAAUCGAACCUUUGUCAAUCGACACUCAAGAGACACACUCCGUCGAAGGAAGCAGAACCGCCGCCAUGCCUGAGGCCUACUAUGCCCACCCGGACUACGGCUACCCCCGUGACUUCAAGGGGUACGGCGAGAAGGGCAUCGCGUGCCCGUGGCCCAACGACGCCAAGAUUGCCGUCUCCUUCGUCAUCAACUAUGAAGAGGGCGGCGAGCGUUCGGUGCUCACGGGCGACGGCGAGUCGGAGACGGCGCUGCGCGAGAACCCGAUGGGUCCGGCCAAGUACAACGAGCGCAACUACAACGUCGAGUCCGAGUACGAGUACGGGUCGCGGGCGGGCUUCUGGCGGCUCUUCCGGCUCUUCAACGCGCGGCGGAUGAAGUUCACGCUCUACGCGGUGGCGCAGGCGGUGGAGCAGCAGCCCGAGGUGGCGGCGCGGUGCGUCGAGGAAGGGCACGACGUGGCGUCGCACGCGUACCGGUGGAUCGACUACCACGACGUGCCGGUCGAGCGGGAGAAGGAGUACAUCCGCAGGUGCGUGGCGUCGCUCAAGUCGCUGACGGGGUACGCGCCGCGCGGGUGGUACUACGGGCGCAACUCGCCGCACUCGCGCACGCUCGUGCCGCAGGUGUACGAGGAGCUCGGCGAGGAGCUCGUCUGGGCGAGCGACACGUACGCCGACGACGUGCCCUACUGGAUCGACCUGCCGCUCGAGCGCGGCCGCCCGGACCCCAAGGGGUGCCUGAUGGUGCCGUACAGCUACGACUGCAACGACUUCAAGUUCCACACGGCCGGCUCCGGCUUCCGCGACCCCAUGGGCUUCUACGCCCACCUCAAGAACGCCUUCGACGUGCUCUACGAGGAGGGGCAGGAGGGCGUGCCCAAGAUGAUGACCGUCGGCCUGCACUGCCGCAUCGUCGGCCGCCCGGGCCGCCUCGGCGCCCUGCGCGACUUUGUCGACUACAUUGCCGAGAAGGAGGGCGUCUGGGUCGCCACGAGGACCGAGAUCGCCGAGGCCUUCAAGGCCAAGUACCCGUACAAGAAGGGGCAGCUGGCGUGAUGGGGUCUAAGUCGUAGUUGUAGUUGUCAUUAUUCGUGAUAGCGUGGCAGUAUAUUUUUGUAUCUAUGUUUCAUGAUGAAUAGUCCUUAUACGCAAAACUCGGUGUUUCUCUCUUACUUCUUAUUCGCCUCCCAU